AGCGCGGCCAAGUUGAGGAUAAAAUGUGGAUAAGUGAUGCUUUCGCGGCUUCGGUGCAAAAAUCCCGAAAGAAGAAAGACCGAGCUUCUCUUUCAACCCGAUGAAAACCGAGAGCAGCGGCCGCAUCGCAUUUCUGAUUUAUGUGACAUGGCUGCCAGCGACCGGCAUCACCGCUCCACCUGAGCUCUGCUGCUUACUUUGAAGGCGAGUUUUUUCUCCCCUUCUCCCCACCUCCACCUCCACGCACCUUCUCCUCCUCGCUGCAGAAGUUUUCUCCCAGCCAGAACUCUGUCCGGAUCUCAAGAAGCGGGCUCCACUCCAAUUCAUUAAAGGUCUUUCACCAGCUGCUGGUUCAACCUUUUUUUUUUUCUCGGACGAUCACGAUGAUGAGGCGCGCAUCCCCGCACUGGCUGAGAGGCGUGUCCCUGCUCCUGCUGCUGCAGACGACCACCUCCAUGGUGAUGCUCCCCAACUCCACGGGCUGGGAGCAGAUCCUGGACAAGUACCUGGACGAGGACGGGGACUGGUGGGAGGCCAAGCAGAGGGGGAAGAGGGCCAUAACCGACAGCGACGCCCAGCUCAUCCUCGACCUCCACAACAAGCUCAGAGGCCAGGUUUACCCCCAAUCUUCCAACAUGGAGUACAUGGUGUGGGACACGGAGUUGGAGCGUACGGCGGAGGAGUGGGCCGAGACCUGUCUGUGGGAGCACGGCCCGGCCGGUCUGCUGCCGCAGAUUGGGCAGAAUCUGGGGGCUCACUGGGGAAGGUAUCGCCCACCCACGUUCCAUGUGCAGGCCUGGUAUGAUGAAGUGAAAGACUUCUCCUUCCCUUACCCUCAGGAGUGUAAUCCCUACUGCCCCUUCAGAUGCUCCGGUCCAGUUUGCACACACUACACACAGCUGGUCUGGGCCACGAGCAGCCGCAUUGGCUGCGCCGUCAACAUGUGCUACAACAUGAACGUGUGGGGACAGAUUUGGGCCAAAGCUGUCUAUCUUGUCUGCAACUACUCACCAAAGGGGAACUGGUGGGGCCACGCACCUUACAAACAUGGGACCCCAUGCUCUGCCUGCCCCCCCAGCUAUGGUGGAGGAUGCAAGGACAACCUGUGCUACAAAGGUGGAGAUGACAGUUUCAACCCGCCUCAGGAGGAGACAGAAGAAAACAACUUCAUAGAGCAGGAGGCCCCCCGUACCACCAAGCCCCGGUCCCGGGCCUCCAAGCCCGAGCCUGCCAGUCUCCCCGCCCCGGCCCCCACCAAGCCCCCCACAGAGGACCUGCAGAAGAAUGAGGUGGUCAACACGCAGCAGAUGUCUCAGCUGGUGACCUGUGACACGAAGCUUCGGGAUCAGUGCAAAGGAACCACAUGCAACAGAUAUGAGUGUCCAGCUGGAUGCCUAGACGCCACAGGGAAAGUAGUUGGGACGGUUUACUAUGAAAUGCAAUCGAGUGUGUGCAGGGCCGGUCUACACGCUGGUGUCAUAGAUAAUGACGGAGGAUGGAUGGAUGUAACAAGACAAGGCAGAAAGGAUUUUUUCAUCAAAUCCAACAAGAACGGAAUCCAGUCACUGGGAAAAUAUCAAAGUGCAAAUUCCUUUACGGUCAGCAGAGUGGCAGUUAAAGCCAUCACAUGUGAUGCCACGGUUGCUCAACUGUGUCCGUAUGAAAAGCCUGCGAGACAUUGUCCAAGGUUAUACUGUCCGAGAAACUGUUUAGAAGAGAAUCCUCACAUAUCCAGAGUAAUCGGUACCAGGAUAUACUCUGACAAGUCCAGUAUAUGUCGAGCAGCAGUCCACGCUGGCAUCAUCGAGAACGACGUGGGCGGUUACAUCGAUGUGAUGCCAGUGGACAAGAGGAAACACUACAUCGGCUCAUACCAGAAUGGCAUCUCCUCCGAGAGCCUUCACAACCCUCCUGGAGGGAAGGCGUUCCGGGUGUUCGCCGUGAUUUGAGUGGCCCCCGGAGGGCAGCUUCACCAAAAACAAAACAAAGCAAAACAAAAAAAAAAAAAAAGCGCACUUGGGCUGUUGAAUAGGCGUUAACGAAGCCACGUUGUCAAACCCGGUGACCGAAAUGUUUCUGGCUUUCUCUGCUACACUUCAGGGGUCAGAGGUCGUCACUAUGGCAGCGUAAAAACCGGCAACAAACACUUGACACGUACACAAUGAGAAACCUGUCUGUGCUCGCUCUCGUGGGAUUCUCACUUUCUCAGCUUCUCCGGGAAUUUUUAUAAACUGUAAAUAGUAUUUUGUUGUACAUAUUUGUUAAUAGUGUCUUGCCUUUAUCAAACAAACAUAUGUGUAUGAAUACUGAUUAUAGAAAUCCUACGAUAUAACUAUUAUAAUUAUAAAGGCACUUAAGAAUGAAUAUCCUUUUUAUUGUAUUAAGUCUGGCACAUGUUUAUUGGUGCUUUGGAGAAGUAUCUUGCCAUAUUUUGGACUUUUUAAAUGGUUUGGGGAAAAGUGUUAUGCAUUUAUUUUUAUAUGAUUCUGCUUUACAUCAAUAAGACCUGUUAAGAAUGCUGCUAUAUGUUUUAUGUAUUAUUAUUGUUGUCAUUAUUUUAACUGUAAUUGCCAAUCCAAUGUGCUCUGUCUGUAUUUCUCCAGAUAUGUUACUUUAGUUUAAACUCCCUGCAGGUCGGGAAGUUCACUCAUCUCUCUAAACCGCACCGAUGUGGCGUCAGCGCGGAUUUUGUUUUGCUGGAUGUCGUCACGAUAUAUUUUCACGUGAUUCUGACUGACCGAAACAAUAAUACGCAGCUUUUCCUUUCAUGCGGUUUCAUGCCAGACCUCUUUCAAGCUGCAGCCAUCACAGUUUAUUGUACCAUUAUCUGUGUCUGUUUGCAUUAUACAUUUGUUCCCACUUGUUCAGGUUGUUAGGGAAAGUUCGUUCUGCAAUAAAACAAUAGAAUGGCUUUUUUUUUUGGCAAACAUUUGCUACCCACAUUCAAAAGUGUGAAUAUGUGCAAAGUAUCUGCUUAGCAUCCACUGGCACUACAUUUUUUUUUUUUUUUAAUUCUAUUAAAAUGAAAUAAAAUCUCUUUCA